UGUGGAACAUGUGGAGCAUGCGUUGGAGUAUUCCUGUCCGUCCUUGGCGAAAUGCGUUUCCCCUCUAGCACUCACAGUUGAGUCAGCCGAGCAUGUGAGAAACGGUAUUGGCAUCUCCUCGCCACCAGGUAGAGGUCUAUCCACUCUCCUGAGGGACAAAAACGGCUGAUCCAGCUCUUUGGGCCGGUUGCUUCCUUGUUCAAGAUCCCAGAAGGGAGGUCCGUCGCUGCCAGCCGCUGCCGGCUGUAGCAAAGAGCUGUUCUUAGGUAAGUGAAGAGCAAAGUUGUCUUUGGCAAAGCCUUUUGUUUCUUCCUCGGAGCGAGUGUCACGAGUGUCCUUGGAUCUGCAUUCUGCUUUCUUGUCUGUAAGUUCGCAGGACUGAGAAUUUGUCUGCAACAGCUCUGGGUUAAGGGCGGAUGGUUUUGGAGUCUGCACGUUUUGAUCGUUCCCCACAUAGUUUCUUCUUUCUCCCGCGCCAGCUGGCCAUGGUGGUAUGGCUGGACUGAACUGUGAAUUGGAUUCCCUGUUCCAGCAAAAUGCCCCAUCCGCCUUACCAAAGGAAGGUGUGCCCCGUUCCCUCUGCUCCGCCUGCGUUUUCCGCUGCGUCUUUUGCCGGACGCUAUGCCAUAUGUCGUCGUCGUUCUUCCAGUCCGAAGCCGGGAAGGGCUCACUCUUAGGUCGACCACGCUCAGGGGUGGACUUCUUGAGGUGCUUUCUGCGCCAGAUUUCGUGGGCGGGCAACAACGGGGAGACCGGCCCUCUCUGCUCGGGUUGGUCGUUCCGAUUGUCGCUUUUAAAGUCACCGUGAAUCCCUGUCGUUUUGCGGGCAAUGUUCUGAUGCCCAACAAGUGGCGGGCAGUCGCAGAGAGGACUCUGUGGAAAGUCACCUUCCUUGGAUUUUGCUCCGGAUUCGAGGCUGUCUCCUCGCUGGACACAUUUGUUCCACCAACCGUCUCGACGAUCGAAAGGGUGGGCACUUUGGCGAGCAUGUUGAGAUACCUUGGAGGUUCGUUUCCCGUCCUGGAUGCCAGAGAGCAGAGGUGGCUGGCGCCUGUCGCCGCCUUCAUCUCGUGGGAAACCUGA